AUGAAAACCGAGCUGGCCUCCGUAUUGACGACUCUAUGCUUUCUGACCGCAAGCGCGCUGGAAGCGCCCUCGGCAUGGGAAGAAUGGUCAACUAUCCAGAAGAGCGACAGUGCUGUCGAGGCCGGUGACAGCACGCUUGGCGAUAGGCUUCUCCGCGGAUCAGGUCAAGCGGAACCCCAUACCGCCGACGACUCUGCCGUUGCUUCUUCCAACGAUGAAGAACAUGCCUACAGAACGGAUCAUUUUCGAGGUCCAUGGUCCCAUGAACCGGUCUGUACCGACUACUUGGACACGCUGGGCGACCAACUGUGCGUGUACACCGACGCAACAUUCGGCAACGGCCGAGGCAUAUCGAUAUUCACGACGCCCGGCAUUGCGCAAGAGUUCGCCUCGCUCUUACCCUUCCAGGACCCUUCUGCCCUCUCCUCCCACGGGAUCAACCCGCCGGAAGACAGCAACGCGGACGCCAACCGGCCAUGGUACACGACGUCGAUCCCAGGAAAGGGAAUGGGCAUGCUUGCCUCCCGCGCCCUGCAACGCGGCGACCUCGUCACGGCAUACACGCCGUACCUGCUCGCGCACAUGGAGAACGUCCUUUCGACCUCGGAGCGCGAGAGAUUCUUGCGAGUGGCCGUGGACCAACUUCCCCCAGCCAGCCGGGACCAGUAUCUCGGCUUGGCAAAGAUCUACGGCGAGCCGAGUGUCGUGGUCCAGGACGUGGUGAAGGCCAACGCCUUUGAGAUGCAGGUCGCGGGCCAGAUGCAUUUGGCCGUGUUUCCCGAGGCGUCGAGGAUGAACCAUGCGUGUGCGCCAAACGCACAAUACUACUUAUCUCCAGGAUUCCUCACACACUUCGUGCACGCCGUACGCCCAAUCGCCCAAGAUGAAGAAAUCACCAUCUCCUACGCGCCGCCCCUGCGCCUUUACGCCGACCGACAAUCGUACCUCCAAUCGACAUUCCAAUUCACAUGCACGUGCCCUCGCUGCACGCACUCGGCUCACCGCCCGCUCGAGGACUCGGACAAAGCGACCGAGGACAUGAUCGCCUUGCAGUGGGCCUUGUCGCAGUGGACGCACAACUCGACCGCGUCGGUGAAAAAGGCCGAGAUGCUGGUGGGCUUGUACAUCCAGGAAGGGCUGGACGCGUUCCUCGACGACGCGUAUGGGCAUGCCGCGCUGACGUACAACGCCGCGGGGAGCGCCAACGGCGCCAAGAAGUAUGCGAAGCUGGCAGCAGGGGCGACGCGCUUAAAGUACGGGCCCGAGGCGGAGGCGGCGAGGGAGUGGGAUAGGAUCGGGAAGGAUCCCACGAUGCAUUCGAGUUGGAGGAGGAGGAAGACGGGAUAG